AUGAAACAUCCUUUUCAAAUUAUAACCACAGAUAAGUCUGGGAAGCAUUUAUUUGCUACUGUGAAAAAUAAUUUACAAGUUUUUGACUUGGAAUCAGGAAGACAGCUUGGAAGUUGGGUUGAUGAUGUCGAUAUUAAUACAUCUUUGAAGAAACAACAAGAAGAAAAAAUCAAAGCGUUGGAAGCUCAGCAAGAAGAAUUGACACAGACAAGUGAGGAUACUGAACUAGAGAACGACCCUUCUUCUAAGAAACAAAAAUCAAAUAUCUCAAAAGCAAUUAAAGUGCCAAAAAUUCCGGUACCAGGUCCAGGUGCCCCACCAAUUUACAACUACAUUAGAGCCUUAACCCUAUCAAAAGAUCAAAAAUUCUUGAUUGGGAUUACAGACAGUGAUAAAUCGGUUCUUAUUUUUAAGAUUGACUUUGAAAAUACUGACAACUGCUUAACUCUAAUUAAACGUCAAGCUUUUCCGAAAAGACCUUGUGCAGUGUCUACUUCUAUCGAUGACAAAACCGUUGUUGUGGCCGACAAAUUCGGGGAUGUUUAUACUAUGGAUAUUGACUCAGAAAAAUCCAUCGAUGAAAAAGAAUUGUCUCCUUUAUUAGGCCAUGUUUCAAUGUUAAGUGACGUUAAAAUCGCCGAGCAUAGUGGAAAACAGUUUAUUUUGACUGGUGAUAGAGAUGAGCAUAUAAGGGUUUCAAAUUACCCAAAAUCUUAUGUUGUCAAACAUUGGUUAUUUGGGCAUCGUGAGUUUGUUUCCUCGUUACAUAUUCCUGAAUUUAAUACUGACUUAUUAAUCAGUGGUGGAGGAGAUGAAUUUAUUUGCUUGUGGAAUUGGUAUAACAAUGAGUUACUCAGCAAGGUUCCGUUACGUGAUUUAAUUCAACCAUUUUUGACUGAUUCUCACUUACCUCCUGAUAGAUUCCUCAAGGAAGAUUCCAAAAGAGAAAUCUCUAUUUCUAAAAUAUUAACAUGCGUUAAUCCUAAAUCAAAUGACAAGUUGAUAAUAGUUUUAUGCGAAAAUACCAACUGCGUUUUAUUGUUUGAGUUAAAGGAUGAUUUUUCAAUUACACAUAAGUUUACAUUGAAAGUUGAUUACUCCAUAAUUGAUAUUUGCUUGGAUCUGUCAUCGGGGACAUUUAUCGCUUCAAAGGAUAUAGAGUCGAACGAUGAUUUAUUAGAAUUCUAUAAAUUGAAUAACGACUCAAAUACCUUAGAAAUUGUUGAGAGAUCUGAUUUAUCAAAAGCUAUCACUCAAACAAAUAAUUGUGAAGUUGAAUCAAGAGAUCAAUUCUAUCCUUUGUACUAUAUCAACUCUUUAAGAAAGAGAAGUGAACAUUAA